AUUGUUCAUGCGCGGUACUGUAUGUUUAAUGUAGCAAUGAAUUAAACUAUAUUCGAAAAAACAAGUAAAUAAAAAAUUGCGCUCAUCCCGAACUCAUUUUCGACUAGAACAGCGUGACUGCGAGUUCCGUGUCUUUUUCACAUUUUAUUUGAGAGUGAAAUAAAUGGCUGGAAUUUUGUUUGAAGACAUAUUUGAUGUAAAAGACAUUGAUCCCGAUGGCAAAAAGUUUGACAGAGUGUCUCGGCUACAUUGUGAAAGUGAAUCUUUCAAGAUGGACCUCAUCUUGGAUGUGAACAUUCAGAUUUAUCCUGUGGAUCUUGGUGACAAGUUCAGACUGGUGAUUGCCAGCACAUUAUAUGAAGAUGGAACACCAGAUGAUGGAGAGUACAAUCCUCAGGAUGACCGGCCUUCUCGAGCCGACCAGUUUGAGUAUGUGAUGUAUGGAAAAGUCUACAAGAUUGAAGGUGAUGAGACUUCAACAGAAGCUGCCACACGUCUCUCUGCCUAUGUGUCUUACGGAGGUCUCCUCAUGAGGCUGCAGGGAGAUGCCAAUAACCUUCAUGGCUUCGAAGUGGACUCCAGGGUCUACCUCCUCAUGAAAAAACUGGCCUUCUGAACUGUGGUCUGCUCACCAACCCACCGAUAUUCUGCCACUGUCAUGGUUACCUUCCACGUCACAGUAAAAUGAGUACCAAAACAUUCAAGUCUGGAGAAUCAGAGCAGCUUUCAGACAUAACACAUGGGUUUUUGAAACUUAAUUUUUUUUUUGUUGAUUUAUAUAAAGGU